AUGACUGCUGUUGCUUCACCACCUAGCGUGCAAUCGGGGCCUCGUCUAGGAUGGUAUUCUACUGGUAACGGAGGACAGGCGGCUCUUGGCUCAAUGAACACAGACGACGUGUCCCGUAUGUUUAUGCCGCGAAAGAGUGUGCAAAGAUCCAAUUCUUCUUCCUCGCUAUCGUCGAACGCUUCGGCAACAUCGACAAACACCGUCGCUCACGCGAGUAAUGGUAUAGUCUCGAACGGGGAAUCAGCUACGUGGUCAUCAAAAAAGAAAGCUGGACGUGGCCUGUGGCCUGCCGCAAAAUCUGAGCCAGUAUCUGGCGUAACAAAUGUGAGGCCUCAGCCAGUCUCAGCAUCUACCUCAACAAACGGCGGUCUCACGGCUUCGUCUGCCAUGUCCGCUAUUCACCAGCCGUCGCCUGUGCCAUCGCAACAUAUGAUCCAGUCACCGCAGCAGAAUGGCCUUUCUGCUGCCUCAGGCAUGCAGGGUUCGUCGGACCCGCCUGCUAUCCUCACUCUUAUCCCUUUGAACGGCACGUUCGAGAAGAAACAUAUCACAGUGCCUUACAUGCCAGACGUGCUCCGCAUUGGUCGUCAGACGAACGCAAAGACCAUCCCUACGCCUGUCAAUGGAUAUUUCGAUUCAAAGGUGCUGUCACGACAGCAUGCUGAGAUUUGGGCCGAUCGCAGAGGAAAGAUUUGGAUCCGUGAUAUCAAAUCGUCAAAUGGUACUUUCGUGAAUGGUCAACGCCUGUCACCUGAAAGUCGAGAAUCCGAACCACAUGAAUUGAGAGAAAACGACGCGCUUGAUCUCGGUAUCGAUAUUGUUAGCGAGGAUCAGAAGUCUAUUGUUCAUCACAAAGUCUCGGCAAAGGUUGAGCAUGCCGGAAUAUAUAAUACUGGACCGAAUAUCUUCGACCUGAACUUUGGCGAUAUCGACCCCACCUCUGGCGGAGGUCUAUUACCGUCGCCAUUGAGUCAACCUGUCGUACACCUGCGAGGACGCGCAAGCUCUUCUCUCAGUAACCGGAGCGUUCAAAGUACCUCCAGCAGCCAAAUGAGUGCUUUGCAUCAGCAAAGACAAAUGAACUAUUGGCUCUCACCUAUCACCAUCGAACAUGUCGUCAAGCGGCUUACUACCGAGAUCAAACAAGCGAAGCAGCAGUCUCUGGACCUUCGCCAAACCGAUGAGUUCUUGCAAACGCUCAUCUCGUCAGACGGUGCGGACAAGGAUAAGCUCAAUCACAAACUUGAGAACCACAGGCAGAUGAAUGGACGAGCGAAGAUGUCUCGUAUUGAUCCAAUCAGAUUUUCCGAACCUCCAGCUCCACCUCCACAGCAGCCAUUGCCUGAAAAACCUGACGUCGCUCGUCGCGCCACUGAGCCACCCGCAGCUGGUUUGAAACGGUCGGAUACCGAGAAACCAUUGAAAGAUAGUCCAACAAGCUCUCCGGUGUCCAAAGAGUCCAGCCAGAUUCUUUCUCUGAUCGAGGCUUUAUCCACCACAAAAAAGGAGCUAGAAGCCCAGAAUAGUCGUGUGAAGGAAUUGGAAGAGCUUCUUCGACAAGAAAGAUCAGCUCGCGAGACUGCAGAGGAACGAAAACAGGAAGCAGAUAAUCUUACAGCAGAGGCUGCUCCUGAACGGAUCGAGACUGCCGAAUCAGAUGUACCGGAGGUCGAAGAGAUCGCCAAAACUUUUGAAACUUCAAACACUGAGCCGGCCGAAGUCGCAGAGCCUAAGAGUCUCGAGGAUCCCGUUCUCGAUGCGCAAACUCAAAGCUUGCAGCAACAACUUGAUAACAUGGUCACGGAGCUAGCAGAAAUGAAACAUCAAGUCGAAACAUUCAAGCAACGUGCCGAAAAAGCAGAAGGCGAAACGAUCGAAGUCCGCAAAUCGCUUGCCGAGAUGAUUGAAACAUUUCGACAGGAACGCGAGCAGGCCGCAAAAGCAAAUGAGACUCUUGCAGAUGACACCGAAGCUAUUGUUGCUGAUACCCGUGGCAUCGGCAAAUCCGACGAGAAGGAAUCUCUACCAAACCACAAACUCGAUCCUCACAAAAUCAAGGAAAUAGAAAACGCAGUAUCCUCACUGACGCAACAACGAAAACCCAACAUACUAGAAAACUCGGGCCCGUACGCGUCAAUGGUAGGCGUCGUCCUCAUCGGCAUCGGAUUGAUGGCAUAUCUCAACGGCUGGCAAAAGAUUGAAAGAUGA